CACAUGUUGAAGGAAGAUGACAUGUUUAAAGAUUUUGCUGCUCGCUCUCCCAGUGCCAGCAUUACAGAUGAAGACUCAAACGUUUGACCUGGAUGAGCAAGCUUUUCCUCUGAAAAAGAAGCAAUUCUGAACAACAUUCAAAUGCUUGAUAUUUGGGAGCAGUAUUGAUUGGGUGCAGAGAAAAUGGGGCAAAAAACAUCACAGCAGUUGGCUUUGAAGGACAGCACAGAGGUUCUCAGCAUCUGUGAGGUGGUCAGUGAAGCUAUAGUUCAUGCAGCUGAGAAGCUCAAGGAGUAUCUUGGAUUUGAGUAUCCCCUGAGUAAACUCUGCCCUGCUGCAAAUACUCUGAAUGAGAUCUUCUUAAUCCACUUCAUCACUUUCUGCCAAGAAAAGGGUGUUGAUGAGUGGCUCACCACCACCAAGAUGACCAAGCACCAAGCCUUACUAUUUGGGGCAGACUGGGUUUGGACCUUUUGGGGAUCUGAUAAGCAAAUAAGGCUUCAGCUGGCAGUUCAGACUCUACGGAUGGCUUCUCUUCCUCCUGUGCAGUCGAAACCUUAUGACUUCUCCAGUCCAGAGUCAAGGGUAGAGGAGUCUUCCUGGAAGAGAAGUAGAUUUGAUAAGCUGGAAGAAUUCUGUAACUUGGUAGGAGAGGAUUGUCUGGGUCUGUUCAUCAUCUUUGGUGUGCCGGGAAAACCUAAAGACAUCAGGGGAGUCGUCUUGGACAGUAUCAAAAGUAAGACUGAGAGGAGCCAUCUGCCGGGACGCAAAGCUGUGGAACAGUUUGUUCUGGAAACUGAAGAUUGUGUCUCCAUCAAAGAGCUGCUUGGAAACUGCCUGAGUAAGAAAGAUGGGCUGAGAGAGGUGGGCAAAGUUUUUAUUAGCAUCCUCUGAACUGGAUAUGUGUACUGUGACUGGCCUGUAUCAUAAAAAGAAAAAAGAUAUUCUCAUAAGUAAGCUCAUUUAUGUACAUCAUUCCUACUUGGGUUUGUUUUUUGGGUUUUUUUUUUUUUUUCCCCUUCAUCCCAUUGAUUGAAAAUGAUUACCUGGGUCAAAGUUAGUUUGACAAUUAUUAGUUUCAUAAUUAUGGAACAGCAACAACAACAAAAAAAAAAAAAACCUUGACUUUAUUUCAGGAAAAUGUAUAAUUAGGUUGGAUCUGUAUCCAUUUAUACAAUAAUAAUUGGAGAGGAUAAUAAAAUCAUGCAUAAAGCUCGA